GCUUCUUCCUUCAUCCUUUCUGGUGUAAAUUAAUGGCUCUUACGUUACCCUGCUACUUUCACAUUUCAAAAGGUAUAAGCUCAAAAUCUCCAUAUACAUGUAGAGGAAGAAGUUGGAGGACUAUUGGGCAGAAACGACUUGUUUUUAGGAGCAAGGAAUGUAAGGUGCAGUGCUGCAGUGCUUCUUCAACCUCAUCAGCUGCUGAACAAGUUUUGGUUAACGACAUAAGAAGAAGAAACUUUGAAGAAGAUAGGGAAGGGCGUUUUGAUCAUUUGGUUAGUGAGUUUGGAUGGAAAGUUAGGAAAUUGGCUAUGGAUGCACAUGAGAUGAAGGAAGUUGCCCAAAUUCAAGCUGAAGCUUUCCAUAAACCUUUUGCCAUUUUUGAUGAUCUAUUUUUUCAAUUCUUCAAGGCUGAAGUUCUUUCUGGGCUUCUUUACAAACUCAGGAACUCACCUCCAGACAGAUAUGCAUGCUUGGUAGCUGAACCUGCAGCUGGUUCUUCCAAUUCUCAAGGGAAUAAACUUGUGGGUGUUGUGGAUGUCACAGCAUCUAGAGAUGAAGAUGUUCUGCAACAUCUCAGCGGAGCAGAGGAGUAUCUUUAUGUUUCAGGAAUAGCUGUUCCCAAAACUCUCAGGAGGCAGAAAAUAGGGAGCGUGUUGUUAAAAGCAUGUGAUUCGCUCUCCAAUAUAUGGGGUUUCAAGUAUCUCGUUCUCAGAGCAUAUGAAGAUGACAUGGGUGCUCGCAGACUGUAUGCAAAAUCUGGUUACAGAGUUGUUUCCAGCGAUCCUCCAUGGAUGACUUGGAUUGGAAGAAAACGACGCGUUCUUAUGAUCAAACAGUCUAAUUUGUCGAAUUAACAUUAGUAGUUUCUCGAUCACAUUUUGUAAUCUGAGCAUGAGUGUACUUAUUUUGUAGAGAAUGAAAAAUGAUUCAGUUGACAUCCCUUGUGUUGAUAUAAGAUUAAGAAACUGUUCAGCAUUAAGAUUAA